AUGGGCGACGGCUCUCAGUAUCCUAGCCCACGAAGUGAAGGCCCCAACGGCGCGCUUGCUGCUUCCAUCCUUGCCUCUACUGCCGAGUCCUCGGCACCAAUUCCCAGAAUGAACGACCCGCAGACUCUGAACUUUUCUAGCCUUGAGGGGGCGCGCCCGCGUCUCUCAGUUCGACGCAACCGUGAUCCCCCUAAGAAUUCUGAGGGUCAAAUCUUCUGUGAUCAUCAUGAAUGUCAAGCUGCCCCGCCAACUUUCCGCCGACCGUGUGAAUGGAACAAACACAUGGAUAAACAUGACCGACCUUAUAAAUGUUAUGAACCCAACUGCGAUAAAAUCCAAGGGUUCACCUACUCCGGUGGUCUCCUGCGCCACCAGCGCGAAGUGCACAAGAAAAACACAGAUGCCAAGAAACCCUUGAUGUGCCCUUACUCCGACUGCAACCGCAGCACCGGCAACGGUUUCACGCGUCAGGAGAACUUAAGAGAACAUCUUCGUCGCCGCCACAUGCACAACGAUGAAGCUCCUCCUAUGGUCGAUAUGACUUGGGACCGCCCCCCGAACUCGACGGUGUCGAAGGCCCUGUCUGGCACUGACGAGAACGGUAUCAAUUUGCACGACGAAGUUAAGCGGCUCCGUCGCGAGGUCGAAGAGAAGGAUCGUCGCCUCGAGGAGUUGGAGCGAAUCGUCGCCGGAAUUCAGCAGGCCAUCCCGCAGCAGUCUCCCUCGGCACCCGAACUGCAGGGUCUGACACAGCACCCUCCUCAUCCGACCGCUGCUCCGGUUUAA